AUGAUGUUCUCCAAAGAAGAUGCUCGCACCACAAUUGGUAUUAUAGUAGAAGAAUACUCGGCGGUACCUUACCUAGCAACCUUGGUAAACUGCGGGCUUUGGGUGCUAUACGGACUGCCUAUGGUACACCCCCACAGCAUGCUGGUGGUGACCAUCAAUGGCACUGGCUUCCUUAUCGAGAUUGUGUACAUCUCCCUUUUCCUCGCCUUCUCCCAGCCAAGAAAGCGGCUGAGAGUGGCCUCCACUGUGGCGGCGGAGUGUGUGUUGCUGGCAACAUUGGCCCUUCUCGUCCUCACACUCACACACUCCACUAACCUUCGCUCUCACAUCCUUGGCACCCUCUCUAUGGUCGCCAACAUCAUCAUGUACGCCUCGCCGCUAUCCAUAAUGAAGCUGGUGAUCACCACAAAAAGCAUCGAAUACAUGCCAUUUUUCCUUUCCCUCUUCUCUUUCCUUAAUGGAAUUUGUUGGACGGCUUAUGCGCUAAUCAGAUUCGAUAUUUUCUUGGUGGCCCCUAAUGGGAUGGGAGCCCUACUAGGGUUGGUCCAGUUAUUGCUGUAUGCCACCUUUUACCAAUCCACGAAAAGGAUUAUGGCAGAAAGGAAGAAAGGCGGAGGAGAAGUCUGCUUGACCCAAACAAUAGCCCAAGGAGCAGAAAAAUUUAGUCCGGGCAACCAGAAAAAUGGCUCUGUUUGCAACUUUAGUGCAGUUUAGGAGUUGACUCAAUCUGCUCCCCAUAACCUGUUCUGGUUUUGACCUUCCACGGAACUCUAAUAAAUCUGGGCCUAUUAAAAAGUAGUUUUUUUAUCAUUUUGGGGUUUGGAUAGGCUCUAGAGAGCUAAUAAUGGUUUCUUAGUAAAGGUCCUAUCGUUUUAACAUCUCCAUCUUCCAUAGGGUUGGUUUGAUCCUACUGGUAGUGCUGUAACAUGGGU